GAUGCAGGCCUGGCCGGUUGCGACUGUGGAGAGAAGUGUCGCACUGAGAUCGCCGCAUGGCUUGUGAGCUCGGCAACAGUUUUGCUGAGCAGAUGUUUGCUGCGAUGGCACCGUUCACGCAAGGCCGACAAGCCCACUCAGGAGGAGACUGCACCUUUGGCAAGAGAGGGCCAGACGGGGCCAAGUCUGUCGCCCCAGGUGCUUGGCGCUACAUCGCCGGAAGCAUAG